AUGGCCAAAAUAGAAUCCAUUCAGGAUGACAUUAUCAUGCUGUCAGAAACAACCCAUUCCACGUCUGAUGACUCAAUUAAUAGAACUCAAAGACUGGACCGUCAGAUUGGUGAACUUAUUGAAACAAUUCAUUCGAUGUCUGAGGAUAGUGACUGGCUAUCAGACAGAACACUGUUCCUAGAAGGAAAACCCAUCUCCAAAAAGCGAAAAGAUACUGAACGUGUGGAUACCCAAAGAAGAGAUGAUGGCUAUCCAAAGUACCAUCAAACAAAGAAGAAUGCAAUUGUGACAUCUGCUGUCAGAAGUAAAGAACUUAACUCCAGUCAAAAGCAGGCUGUUACUGUGAAGGCAAUUGUAUUCUCAAACUGUGAACCUCUAGGAAAAGAAAAAGUGAUUGUUGGAGUUGAGGGUCAAGAACUGGUUCGUCCUAAAAAGCUUCCCCUUAUGUGGAAGCGGGAUCUUGAACACAUCCAUGACUCUGAUAUGCCGGAAAUAUAUGAAGAAGAAAUGUUGUAUGAAAUAAGAUUGGGCAGAAAAACUUUAAUCCUUCACCUUCUGAAAUCAAGGGAAUUCCUCACUUCAAAUUACAGUGAGACGCACUACAAUGCAAAGGGAGAGAUGAUCACUAAGCAGCCACAGAUCUUGAAUCACUGUUUUUACCAAGGAUCUAUCAUACAUGAAUUUGAUUCUGCUGCUAGUAUCAGUACUUGUAACGGUCUGAGGGGCUUCUUCAGAGUGAAUGAGCAACGGUAUCUCAUAGAACCAGUAAAAUACUCAGAUGAAGGAGAACAUAUGGUUUUCAAAUACAAUGAUGCUAAGGCACCAUAUGCUACCAAUUAUUCCUGUGCGGGGCUCAAUUUUACCAAGAAAUUUGCUCCGUUAGAUGCUAAGAAUAUAAAAGAGCACAAAGUGGAAGGCUUCCACCAAGAAAAAUUCAUUGAACUGUUCAUUGUUGUUGAUGAUUAUGUGUACCACAGGAAUAGUAAACCCCAAACCAAGCUAAGGAAACGAAUUUGGGGAAUGGUCAAUUUUGUCAACAUGAUUUAUAAAACCUUGAACAUUCAUGUGGCAUUGGCUGGCCUUGAAAUAUGGUCAUCUGGAGACAAGGUAGAAAUAGCGUCAAAUCUAGAAACUGCCUUAUUGCGUUUUUCAACUUGGCAAGAAAUAGUUCUCAAAAAAAGGAAAGAUUUUGAUCAUGUGAUUUUACCGAGGUAUAUGGAUAUUCUAUUUUUCUUCACAUAUUAAUGUGAUUAUUCUUAUUGA